CCAUCCUACAUAGGAUGGGAACAAAAUUUGACUGGGUCCACGGGACAAGCCUUCCAAAAUAACAAUCCUUAAACACCUUUGCAAAGCAUAAUUAAAAUUUUUACAGCAGGCAAGCCAAUUUUUCCUUCUGAUUUACCCCAUCAUAGUUUUAACGUCAAGUACUAAUGUAAACAUUUGUCCCCCAAAAAACAAAACUAAUGUAAACAUGUGUCCCCCAAAAAACAAAACUAAUGUAAACAUUUUUGUUAACAAUUUGAUAUAUAUAUAUUACUAAUAAGUUUUGCAGUCAUAUAUUUUUGGAUAUUCUAAAACAGGAUAUAACAAAGUUGUUGUCAAUGGUUUAAUAAAAAUUUCGUUUCACCAAUAAAAGAAGUUAAGUCCAACCAUAAAUCCGAUUAUGCAGUUUUUCUCUCACAAAAUAAUGAUUUUGCUGUUUAUAUAUGAUAUUUUUGUCAACUAUAUAUGAUUUAUUUCUCUCACAAAAAUAAACAUUUGUCCCCAGAACAACUAAUGCAUUAUCAACCGUAAACGGUAAAUCUGAGUUAUAGACAUGAGAUAUUUUAUAAAGUUUUAUUUGUUUAAGCAACCAUAUAUAUAUUUAUAUCACGUUAUUGAUUUGUUAAUAUGAACUUAUUAUUUUAUAUGCUGAUACAGCUUUUUAAUUUAGUGCAUUAACGUAGCAUUCAGGGAGUACUAUUUAAGUAUUUUGCUUUUGGGAUGGUGACCGUUUCAAAGAAUGUUUUACUUCUUUUUCCUGAUGCUUUACAACAACGGAAAAGUAACUAGAAUACUUUUGAUAUAAAAGCAUAUACGUCUUUGAAGGUUUUUUUGUUUUCUCUUCAAACUACAUGAAAGAAGACGCAAAUACUUGCAAGUCAAAGAGAGAGAAAAAAAACGUUUCAAAAAUAUUUGUUUCCCAAGUUUGGAAUUACACCAAGUGUUUUCUUGAAGUCUAAAUGUUAGAAAAUGAAAGGUUGAAUUCUUCCUAGAAUACCAGCGAGAGAAGAACCAAUAUUUACAAACCAUAGCUAAAACCAUUAUAAAUAAACACAUAUAUCUAUUUCUUGCCAGUCUAAAACCAAUUCUUCUUACGAUCCAUUACUGUUUCUUUUUUAAACAAGGUUAAAUAAAAUAGUUCUCAUAAUCUCUGAAUAAUUCUUGUGAUUUAUUUCAUUUUUCUCUUCAGUUCAAAUUUGAUCGAUGCAACGUUUGUCAGUACCUUGUUCAAAAAUCGCAUGCACAAGAUACUUAGCAAACCCAACCCUACGUAACCAAAACCCAUGUGAUAUUUUCAUCAAUCAUCGCGGGAUCGAUACCAAGAAGACUAUUUCAGGCCUAUUAUAUGAUCGAUUGACUAGACUAGGUUUGAAUUCUUUUUUGGAUAGUAAGAAUUUAAAGCCUGGGGAUAAACUUUUCGUGGAGAUCAAUGCAGCAAUCAAAGAAUGCAGUGCUGGUAUUGCGGUUUUUUCACCCCGUUACUGUGACUCUUACUUCUGUCUCCAUGAACUCACCAUGCUCAUGGAGAGCAAGAAAAGAGUUAUCCCAAUAUUUUGCGAUGUCAAGCCAUCAGAACUAUGCGUUAAGGACGACAGGACACGUCCAGCUGCCGAGAUUCGGAGGUUCCGGUUGGCUCUCGAGGAAGCAAAAUACACCGUAGGACUCACGUUUGAUACAUCUAAUGGAGACUGGUCAGAGUUCUUGGCCAAGGCAUCGGAUGCAGUCACGAAUAACUUGUUAGACGUUGAAGAGGCGAGACUCCGGAGCAUCAACCCUACGUACAAGCACAUACCUACAUAG